AUGAAAAUGAAGAUAAUCAUUGGUAUUCUACUUUGCCUUGUCCUUUAUCUGCAAGAUGUCGUGACAAUUGAUCUUCCAAUCGGACCGAGUUUCGUGUCGACGAUCACAACAAAACAAAAACUGUAUUACAACAAUUUGGGUAUACGACUCGAUUGUUCAGCAAAUGGCACUCCAUUACCAAAAUUAACAUGGUUCCGAACGAAUGGACCAAGAUCGAAAUACAAUUUAUUAUCCAAUCAGAAUUUAAUUAUACAUAAUAUAACUAAAGCAGACGAUAAUCGAACUUAUGCUUGUAUUGUCGAUAAUCAAAUUGAUAAUGACAGACGACAGAGUCGAUUUAAAUCAUUGCGCGUUCGAGAUCGUUCACCAUUCGGACCGGAAUUAUCGAUUUCAAAUAAUACGGAAUACCGAGCUGUAGCAGGUAAUCUAAUCGAGCUACCUUGUGGCGUGGCAUCUGUGUCAAGUCAUGCUCGAGUAUCAUGGUGGAAGAAUGAUGUGGAGAUGAGUGAUAUAUCUGACAAAGUUUAUAAUAAUUCGUUAAUUCUUCAACUUUCGAAUACAUCUUCGAGUGACUCAGGCAAUUAUGCAUGUCGAAUCGAUGAUGAAUCAAGUGGACGUAUCAUCUCCUCGAUGACUUUAAAAGUUGAUCUUCCUAUUCAAUGUAAAAUGUCUGUGGAACACACGACUAUCACUGCUGGAUCAACUACUGAACUAAUUUGUACAACAAAUUCCAUCAGACCAUCAUCUUUUUCAUGGCAAUGGUAUCACAAUUCCAAUUUACUAUCAUCAAAAACGAACCGUUAUAUUAUAACUAAUUCAACUCGAGCAGACAUGGGCAUGUAUCAAUGUUGUUAUCUAACCAGUUCAUCAGAUUUAAGUACUUGUUGUGCACAAAGUCAAAUUCGUGUCAUCCAUUCACCGCCUUUUAUCCUAACCGCUGAGCAGACAUAUUCAAAUAUUAUUAUAAUGCCAUCAAACAAUACCUCACAUGUUCCAAUUGAUCUUAAUUUGACUCUUUAUGCUGAUCCACUGCCGACCAUCGAACUUUACAAAGAUGGACAACAAUUGAUUUCUCAGAAUCGAAUGGAAGUCUUACCAUCCCGUGAUCUAUUCACUCAUUAUCGAAUAUAUGUGUCCAAUUUAAAUGAAACAGGUCUCUAUGAAUAUCGUAUAAACAACUCAUUUGGUUCAAUCACCUAUUCAAAACAUUUGAAUAUUGAAAAACAAAAACCUUUUCUUCAAAUCAUACCAAAUCAAACAGUAACAUCGGGAAAAGAAUUUGUUCUUGCUUGUUACGUGUCUGGUCAACCGAAUCUUCAACUCAAAUGGAUCGAUCAGCUCACUAAACAAGUUCUAAACACUUCCCUAACAUCACCAAUCCUUCUUCGAACAACAACAAUCAAAUCUAACAUCUACACUUGUCAAGGAAACAAUCCGUACGGAGAAAGUUCUCAAUCAGUUUAUGUAUCCAUUCAAAUUCCUGCGAAGAUUCUAUCCUCCACAACGAACAGAACGAUGAAAAUCAACGAGACAUUGAAUAUCGCAUGUGUAGCAGAAGGUGAUCAUCAACUAGAAUUAAAAUUAACAAGUCCUCAAUCGAACAAUUUUUACUUGAUUGAAACGAAGAGUGACUAUAGGAAGACCUUGUCGUUUACAAUUGAACAUGUUCAUAUGUCUGAUCAUGGUUUGUAUGAAUGCUAUGCAAAGAAUAACUAUUCGGAAGAUCGUUCUCGAUUUGAAAUUAUCGUGCAAAACGUUCCGAAUCAAAUUGAAAAAGUUUUCAUUGAAAAUUCCAAUCGAAUUUCAUGGAUCAAACCAUUCGAUGGUAAUGCAAAUAUUGUUCAAUACAUCCUUCGUGUUCAAUACAAACAAGGAAUGACAUGGUCAAAUGAAACGAUCAUUGCAGUCAAUGGUACUGAUCGAACAUCUUAUUCUUUUGAAAACUAUUAUUCGAAAUGUUCGAUGUCCAUAACUAUCGAAGCAGUAAAUCCAAUUGGUUCAUCAUUACCAAGUGCUCCUUUGCAUUUUCAAAUAAAUCCUCAACAACUAUUAAUCACUCCAUCGAAUCUCACAGCAAUCGAUAUUUCAUCCAAAAGUGUGAUGCUCUCCUGGCAGUACCCAUCAUUUCAAUUGUGUGACAAUUCAUUCAUCGAAUAUAUCAUCGAACUCUAUGAUGAAUACACUCAAAUCUUAUUCGAAACUUACCGAACGAAUAGUACAUUGUUAACAAUCAAUGAUUUAAAAAGUUCUACUGGAUAUAGCUUGGUUGUCUAUGCAAGAAAUGAGGUAGGACCAAGUCCAAAAUCUCAACCAUUAAUGAUUCAAACACUAGAGAGUGUUCCGUUGGCGAUGAUAACAGAUUUAACAGCAAUAUUAUUGAACACAACAUCAGUCCAUUUGACUUGGACAUUUGAAAAUGAUGCUGUGCAAUUCCUAAAUGGAAAAUUUCGAGCGUUUGCAGUUGCAAUCUAUGAACAAUUCAAUAUGUCAACAUUUCGAACAAUGGAAACGAUCAAUCCGAGUCUUAUUAUCGAUAAUCUUCAUUCAUCUUCUCAAUACUAUAUGUCAGUAGCUGUUUGUAAUUACUUCGAUUGCGGUCCAUCAUCCUUAGCAAUCCGUGUAGAAACGCCGUUAUCGAAUUUAGAUAUGUCGCGUAUGAUCGUUCAUCCCAUCACGAAACCACUCGUUCUGGAUUGUCCAUCGACAAAUUCAUGGUCACGCAGUGGAAAAUCAAUUCAUGAAUAUAUUUUAAACAACAAUUCGCUAUUCAUGCCUCAUCCAAAACUCGAUGACACAUAUAGUGAAUAUUAUUGUGGAUCAAAGCAAUACGUCAUUCGAUUCUACGAUAAACCAGCUCCUGUUUUAACUAAAAUUCAUUACACAACAUCGAAUGAGAUUGGUUUGAAACUUCGUUAUUCAUCUGAUAUCAUCGAAAGUCUGACAAUAACUUAUAAAUCCAAGCAAAAUUCGUUUGUCAAUGAAAUUCAUAUAUCUCCUCCGUCGCCAACGAUUCAGUUAACAAAUCUUUCAUGUGGAAAUACAUAUGACAUCGUUGUCUUGGCGAAGAAUCAAGCAGGAUUCAGUAUAAGCGAUUCGAUCAUUGGAAAAACCGAUGGUUCAAUUCCGACAUUGAUACAAUCGAAAGAGUUGAUCGAAACGAUCACAGAUCAUUUCAUUAUUUUGAAUAUGUCAAAUUGGUUGAUAAAUCAAUGUUCGAUUAUAUCGUUUGAAAUCGAAAUAUCUCCCGUACGAAACUCGACUGAACAAGCGCUUCAUCAAUUCUACUCGUUCAAAAAUCAUUUGAAAUCAAUCCAAAUUGACAAUCUUCAAUCAAAUCAAGAUUAUCAAUUGCAAAUUAAAGUGAACAGUCAAGCUGGUGAAAUAAUCAAAAUCGUUUCCUUCCGAACAACAAAUGAUCAAAACUUAACAAAGUCAAGAUCACCAAAUUAUUACAUCAUUAUCAUAAUUAUCGCUGCUUCAUGUCUUCUCGCACUUAUUUCAUCCAUCACUGUCUUUAUCUCCAUCAAAUUCUGUCGAUUACAUUGGAAAAAUGCUGAUAUAUUUAUUGGUCAAACAAGAAAACUAAAACCAGUCAUUUGCUCAUCAUAUCCUCAUCAUCAUUACCACGGGAAAUGGUUAACAAGUAACAAUGAAUUUACCAUUGAAAAUUACACUGAUAGUCAAAUUGAGAAUAGUACUCGGCCGUAUAGCUACGCUUCAGAAGAUUCCCAGGGAAAUAUUAAUCCAUAUGCAGUAACUGGUUGGACAUCGAAUUGUAAAGAACAAAUUGAUCAUAGUGCAUUGUGGAGAGAUAAUAAACAUGCACAUUGUCUUAUCGAUCCCACAGAUCUUCGUCCAUCAACAACUCCUUCGGAACGAUACUUUCGUCCAAUUAUCUUAGAAUCCUCCUCACUUGAUAACGAAGAAGCUUGUAAACGCAAUCCUCUUGUACAAAUUCCUUCUCAAUAUUCCUUAUCAAAUCAACAACACCCACCCCAGGCGUCUUCAAGUGUUCUUUCAACUGUUUCCUCGUCUCAGGGUGAACUUUUUUCUGCAUUUACACUUGUUCCCUCAUCAAAACAAACAACAUUAAAUACAAAAAAAUACUCGAAUAAUAAUCAUAUCCUAGCUGAUCAAAGUUCAUCAUCUGCUGACUCCGGUGUUCAUUCAUCUUAUACUCAAAGUCCAAUUACCAAACAUUCAUAUCGAAAAUGUCAUACCCAUGGAUUUUCAUAUGAUCGUCCAUCGUCAGCAGAUGCCAAUGAUGAUCAAGAGAAACACUUGUAUGCCACUUACGAUCAUCAUUUUACAUUUCUAAGUGGUACAACACCGGCUCGUUCGAGUAUAGAACCAUCGAAGUCUUCCUCCUAUCGAUACCAUGAACAAGAACAAUACUCUCUGGUUUAA